AUGGACCUAUCCAUCGGGGCUACCCGAAUUGAAAGUUUACGUCGCUACAAACAAACUCAAAGUGACCAACUCAAACAACACAUAGAAGACCAGACAAACAAAAUAUGGACACUUUACGAAUCCUACCUACAUGCGAUUACAUCGCUACCCGAAAACAAAUUGUACGAAGAAGCCUUCCACAAAUACUGGGAGGAAAAGGAAGGAGACGCGAAGCUAACACUCGCAACAACUAUCGCUCAACAACUCGACAAAAGAGCUACAGAAUUAGAAUGUCAAGACAUCGCAAUCAGACGCACACAAAAUAACUCGAUACACCAAGAUAAUUACAAUCAAGAAACUUUCGUACAACCUUUCAAUUCAUUAGCAAUUGAACAACGACUGCUUAGCAGCGACCUGAAGGUGCCCGAAUUCCACGGUAAUCCUGCUGAGUUCGGGCCCUUCUGGGAACUCUUCGAAGAACUAGUACACAAACGACCGUAUUCGAACAUUGGCAAACUUUCAAUCUUGCUAGGCUGUUGUAAAGGCGAUGCAGCACGAUCGUUACGGAUGAUUCCUCGCACGGGGGAUGCGUACGAAAGAGCAAUUCAGCCAACUCAAGAGUCAAUACGAAGACCCCAAAAGAAUUACCAUUCAAGUGAUCCGUCAACUCAAAUCAAUGAAGGCAUGUCACGACGACCCGCGUACUCUGCGAAACAACUUGAGCGAUGUGCAGGCUAUAAUAACUACCAUACAAAAACAAGGAGAAGCAAUUGA